AUGAGCGAUUUUCUUAGCGAGAAUAACGCUCUUCAUCUACUGCACGCCACCGUUAAAAAUUAUGAGGUUUGUAGUGAUUUCGGGCUGUAAGACCAUUGAAAUAAUGUGUAUGAACGCUCGACAAAAUAGACGACCUUAAUUUUUCGGGCUUUUCUCAAAAAAAAGUUCAUUUUCUCUAAAUCUUCAGAAAGAUGUGACCUCGUUUUACUUGGCGAACGACCAGGCGACGUCCAAGUUCACGGGCCGAUUCGACUUCAAAACGUUUGCGAAAAAGUGUUUCGAUCCGAUCGAUUCGAAAGAGUUGGGCGAGCUAUACGUGCGGAUGCUCAUCGAGAGCCAGUCGUACAUGCACAUGCACCAGAAGAGCCGCAUCGGCGCCGCCGGCUUCCCGCACUCGUUCGUCUCGGUGCCCGAGCUGCUGCUCAACAUGAUCCUCGCCUACCAGCUGCCGCAACAGAAGUUCGUGCCGUUCGAGAAGAAGGAGGAGAGGGAGGAGAAGCCGGAGGAAGAGACUUCUGGAGCAGGAGCAGUCGGGGGAGGAUCGCGCAAGAAACGGAGAAGUUCGGCAGCCGGAAAGAAGGGAAAAAAUGUGACGAUAAAUCCAAGAGUCGUUCUGCACAAUGAAUUGGCUGCCAAACUUCUCGAGGAGAUGCUCAAGAUUCCACUAGCACCAGAGGUAAAAUUAGGCAUAUUUUGAAAUAACCAUUUUUCAAACAAAAUCCACUUUUUUGCAGUCCAAAGUGUGGAAGCAGGCGAAAUACGUGUUGUGCCCGUCGAAUUGUCCCAAGCAAAUGACCGUUUUCGGACGAAUUAUAGCCAAAAAUACCGAUUCUGGAUUUAUCAGGUAGGACUUUUGAAGAUCACUCUUUUUGCACGAACUUUAGCAACUCUUUAAAAAUUGUAUGAAAAAAGACAAUUUACUAGAAAAAUCGGCGCUGUCUUUCGGAGAUUUAAUUUAAAAAAUGAUUUUUACAGUUUUAACGCGCUGAACUUCUUCAUGCACGACCAGACGCUGAACCGCUACCUCGAGAAUCCGGCGACGAUCCUGCACGCCCUCUACAUCGGUCCCCUAAGCGCCCAAACGAUCGAGGUGUUCGCCGCGAACCGUUCGGACGCUUUCCGCGGAAAAUGCCGCGAAGUGCUGCGGAUGGCCAUCGAGGCGACGCGCGAUCCGAUGAAAUUCCAGGCGCUCGAGCCGGAUUACAUAGCGCCGAACCAUCCGGAUCACGUGAAAUUUCGGGAUUUCGUCGAGACGGUCACCCAGUUGAUUCGCGAUUUGAACGGCGAAAACAAUGCGAACACGGGGCUGCACGCGGGCUGGGCUUGUGCGGCCAUCAAGAAGUUCGGCCACAAGAGAUAUGUAGACAAGACGUGGAAGGACGAGAACUUCUACGACCUGAUCUGGACGGUUCUGGCGCAGAGGCCCAAUUUGAAGAAGUUUGUGAUCGAUGUGCUCGAGAAGAACUUCAAGGACUACAACGCGGCGAGAUUUUGGCGACGAAUGCAACCGUAUCAGAUGAACAGAACGAUAAUAUUCAAUCAGAAUGUUAUUCGCGAGGAUCCGCUCAAGCCGACCGACGAAUUUCUCAACUUUCCGCCGUGCGUCCGUCAAAUUAGUGUGAUUUCCAACGAAAAAGAGUUGCGUGACUUGCAAAUGCUUCUGGAGUACAAGGCGUCGCGCGAAGAUCGUCUUUGCGUGGGCGUCGACGCCGAAUGGAGUGCCUACGUGAACCCGUCCAAGGCGACGAUUCUGCAGAUGGCGCUGACCGACAUUGUGUACAUUUUGGAUCUGGAGUCGGCGCAAAUCUCGCAGAACACCUACAUGCUCUUCCUUUCGUAUCUGUUUGAGACGCCCGAAAUCAUCAAGAUCGGUUUCCAGUUCGGCGAGGACCUCCAUCAGCUACGUGCCGCGUUCCGCAACUGUUCGAGUCUCUACAAGCCGAACAGUGUGGUGUGCGUCGGAAAAUUGAUAAUGGACCUGAUGGACGAGAUUGGCAAGCAGGACAAUUCGGAGGAGAUCAAAAAAGAGUGGCUGCCGUUUUUGACGGACGAGGAGAAGGGCGGCAAGGAGAGUGCCGACAGCAGCAUCGACGAGACGGCCGACAAGUCGAUGUCGAACGAAUCGAUGGAAGUGAUGGAGUCGGAGGCCGUCGCCACGUCAUCCUCGUCGGAGGUGGCGAAGCCGGCGAAAGAGGAGAACGUGAAGCAGUUCCUCAACAAGGGACUCUCGUUUAUAUGCGAAAAAGUGCUAGGACGUCCACUCGACAAGACCGAACAGUGCUCUGUUUGGGAUCGACGACCGUUAAGGAAUUUGCAGGUUGUUUUCUAAUUUCAAUGUUUCAAAAAUGUAAUAAUUUUCAGAUGCGCUACGCAGCAAUGGACGCCUAUUGCAUGUUGAUGUUGUACGACAAAAGCAAGCCGAUUUUCCAGCACAUCGGCCUCGACGCCAAAGAUUUUCUGGCUAAGCAAUCGCCGAUCCGAAUAUCGUUGCCCUUGUUGAGUGAGGGAAAACUCUGA